CAUUUGUGUGCCGAACAAUAAACGUCAUGAUGCUGAGCUGCUAAGAGGAAAUGCUGGCCCGCUGGCUGCUGAGAAGAACUUGUGUUUUUUCACCUGCUACAGAGCAGAAAGGCUUUGUGCAAAUCACUAUGGAUUCAAUACCUUGUGGCUCGUCUGUUGGGACUUGAAUGUCAGUCUGACAGAAGCAACAUAGCUUCACUUAUGGCCAGUCUGGAAAGAAAUAACAGAAUCCUGUUCGAUUUGGUGCGGCAGCCAGGUAACAACGUCUGUGCUGACUGCGGGGCUCCUGAGCCUGACUGGGGCUCCUGUACUCUUGGUGUGUUUGUGUGCCUGAACUGUUCGGGGUUACAUCGUAAUUUACUCACACUCAACAGAGUGAAAUCCAUCCGCCUGGAUCUCUGGGAGGAUUCACUAGUCAAGUUCAUGCAGGAAAGGGGGAACUCUGCAGCCAAAGCCAUUUUUGAAAAGUGUGUCCCUGCUUUCUACUACCGGCCGCAACAGAAGGACUGCAUAGUCCUUAAAGAACAGUGGAUCCGAGCCAAGUAUGAAAGAAAAGAAUUCACCGGAGACAACUGCUUCCAUCGGCAGGCUUACAGCUCAGACAUGUUUGAGGCUAUACUGUGGAAGAAGGGAAAAGACAAGAAGCAGUUUCUCAAGAGGAUCUUCCUGCUGUCCCGGAAAGACUUCACCCUAAAGUACUUCAUUAAAGAGGAUUCCAAGUCUCCCAAAGCUGUCAUCUCCAUGAAGGACCUGAAUGCAGUUUUCCAGCCAGAGAAAAUCGGUCAAGCUCACGGCCUGCAGAUCUCCUACCUGCAGGACGAACGCACGAGGAAUCUGUUCGUGUAUCACGAGAGUGGACAUCUUAUUGUGUCCUUUUUCAAUGCUAUACGGGCAACACGCUUGGCUUACCUCCAGAAGAAAAAUCCCACUCUUCAAACCAAUGAACUCAUACCUCAGAUUACAAGACACUGCCUGAAGGAGGGAUACAUGGAGAAAACCGGCCCAACGCAACGGGAGCCCUUCAAGAAGCGGUGGUUCACGCUGUGCUCAUUAAACAGGAAGCUUCUUUACUUCAAAACUCCUCUGGACGCCACAGAGCUGGGUGCUGUCUUCAUCGGCACGGAGGGCCACAGUUACUCUGUUUCAGAGUUCAGCGGGCGGAGCUCGAGGGGAGGCCGCUGGCACUGUGGCAUCACGCUGGAGACUCCGGGCAGGCAGUUUAUGUUCAUGUGCGAGCUGGAGCAGGAGCAGAAGGAGUGGCUGGAGGCCUUCACAAAGGUCAUCUCUAAGCCCAUGACCCCUGAGGACUACUCCAAUGAAGCCACCUUGAGGAGGGGGAAAUGAAGAUCCUUUUGGGACAGAAGCGGCUGAUGCCUUACUCCUGGAUGAAUGAACCUUUACAGGCAGGACUUCUUCACACCGGCGUUAAACCAUGAACUCAGACACUUUGCUUGGACUACAGUGAUUACAACGCGACACCUUGAUGAACGGUCACAGCGAGGACUAUGCACCUAAGAAACAAAAGAAAAAAGACCCUUGCAUUUUUUUAUUUAUCAGAAAACAAGGAUCAGUUUUAGUGUAUGCAUUAAAUAUUUUUGUGUUGGUAUUUUGUAUAGUUUGUGUUUUUUAUGACUGAGUUUGCACAUUUUGAAAAGAUUAGGUUCCCUUUUCUCACACUAUUCAUUUGAAGCACUGGAGGCUGUAAAUCAAUAAAUGUGAUACACAUCA